CCUCUUGGACCCCACGGAAAUUCCCCAAAAUCCUCGGAUUCCCAUUCUCACUUGCAUCCAAUCUCACGGGGCUCCUUUCUCGGGGGCGAAUCGAAGUUCUUGCGCCCUUCCCCCCAAGCUCAGGAGGCCCAUUCCACCGGUGGCUUUGGGUCCCAUUCCCUCCAUUCCAUCUACACCUCCCCCCUUCUUCCUCCAUCCAUCCAUCCUGCGCUGGCUGGCGGCCAGUCCACGGCUUUCUUUCAACCUCCCCCUUUCUCCUUACCAUGGACCAUCCGUUGCUCUAAAUCCUGACUCCGUCGACUUUAAAUCUUGUGUGGUUUUCGCCCGUCCGUGUCUUGUUCUCCUGAACUUUUCAACGCUCCUGUUUAUCGAUUUGUCCGAACUGUCCCUGGGGCGAGAUUGACCACCGCAGAAUAUGUCUUCCUCUAGACGAAACAGCGGAGAUCAUGAAGGGGACUCCUUCGACGAUGCUCCCGAAGCACCGGAAGUUCACAACAACCUCUCGGUUUCCAUCCCCCAGAGUUCUUCAACCCGUUCCUUAACAGACAGUCCUCCCAGUGGCUCGGCGUCCACUCCUCAGCAGACAGAAGUUCCGGCCUUACCCUCCGAGCCCCAGGGAGAGAACAACAAGAGCGACGAGGAGGCCCAUUCGGACGAUCAGUCGGAAGCCGAAACCCCCCGUAAACAGAAAGCGCAGAAAUCUCCCCUCCUGACCGCCCACCGGUUGUCUACGACGUCUCUGGACGAUGUUAAUUUGGCGGGUGGGAGCAAGGAUGAUGAGUGGCCUAAAUCGGAGGACCUGGCGCCGGAAUCGAAGAACGACACUGUUGCGGCGGUUCCAUCUAGAGACUCUGUAUCCACUCAGAACUCGCAGAACCAGGUCCCGCUAGUCAAUUCACCGCCGGAAAAUAAACUUCCAGCUCCUGCACCGCCGGCGCCUCUCACGCGGAAACUCACCGGUCCGUUUGCGUGGCUUUCUCGGAGUUCGACGUCGAGUAGGGAGGUCAAAUCGCCGCCUCCACAAUCGGACCGCCGGAAUACCGCUGCUUCCAUCUCAACAAUCUCCAGUAACCCUGAACUGGCUGGCCGAUCCAACGACGAAGACGCGGACGGGAAUCGGAAGCCGAGGCGCAACAGUUUAAAGGACCAGUUCAAGCUGCUCAGAAUGCGGGAAGAAGGGCUGGCUCCGGAACAUGACGAAGCAAGUGUCACGUCAGGACGUGCAAGCAUGAGUCACUCCGCCGGAAGUCCUCCCAGCAUCCCAGAAAAGGAUGCGAGUGGCUCGACGGCAGCGCCUCGGGCGGUUUCGCCGGCGACCUCGCCGCCCAACGGAACGUCCACGGUCAAUCCCAAUCUCGCUCCGGGAACCGUGUCCGGAUAUUCGACCUCCGCGACCGACGCGUCGGCCCCUGUCGACUGGGAGCUCUGGCAGCAGCUGGUCAACAACGGUCCGCAGGCGCUGAAGGGGACCAAUUCGGAAGAGUUGAACGCCGCCAUCAAGCGAGGUAUUCCGCAAACGAUUCGAGGAGUGAUCUGGCAGAUUCUAGCGGACAGCAAACCGGUCGAGGUCGAGGAGACUUACAGGGAGCUCGUCGCGCGCGGUACGGACAAGGAAAAACAACGGACUCCCAAUGGCACCGUCAAUGGGGAGAAGGAUUCGGCCGCCUCUUCAUCGCGAUCGUCCAUCCGAUCGGAGAAUUCUACCUCCAUCGCUCAUUCAAACUCCGGAUCCUCCUCGAGCCCUUCCCAAGAAGUGGAUUCCGAGAAGCUGGCAAAGGAACAAGCGGCCAGCGAGACGGCCCGGAAGAAGAAGGCAAAGGACGAUGCUGCGGCCCUGCAGAAGCUGGAGAAGACCAUCCGCCGGGACUUGGGCGCCCGUACGAGCUACUCGCGCUACUUUGUGUCGCAAGGGAACCAGGAAGGUCUUUUUGGCCUGUGCAAGGCAUAUGCCCUGUACGACGAAGCCGUCGGCUAUGCCCAAGGCAUGAACUUCAUUGCCAUGCCAUUGUUGUUUAAUCUGGACGAAGUCGAGGCGUUCGCUCUUCUAGUGAAGCUAAUGAACCAAUACGGGCUGCGUGAGCUGUUUGUUCAGGAUAUGCCUGGACUGCACCGCAGCCUGUACCUCUUUGAACGCUUCCUUGAGGACAUGGAACCCGCACUCUGCUGUCACCUUCGCCGGCGAGGGGUCAACCCGCAGCUAUACGCUACGCAGUGGUUCCUUACUCUUUUCGCCUACCGUUUCCCCUUGCAGUUGGUCCUUCGCAUUUACGACCUCAUCUUCGAAGAAGGACUGGAGACCACGAUCCUGAAGUUUGCCCUUGCGAUCAUGCGCAGGAACGCGGAAGCUCUGCUGGACAUGAAAGACAUGACGCCAUUGACCGUCUUCCUCAAGGAGCGUCUGUUUGAUGUCUACAUCGACAAACAGCCUUCCGCAUCUUCCAUUCUCGAAUCCGGAUUCUUUGGAAGCUCUGGAUCCGCCGACAAGGAGGUCUAUCGGGCGGAUAUCCUGGUGCAAGAUGCCUGCGACGUGACACUCGAGCCGGGACUGAUCAGCGCGUACACUGCCGAAUGGGAAGAAAAAGAGCGAACCGAGAAAGAGCGCGAUGCCGAACUUGAAAACCUCCGACACACGGCCUCCAGCCAGAGCUCUCGUAUCCGGCUAUUGGAAGAACAGGCCGAGGCAUCGGACAAGGAACAUGUCCAACUCGCGUCGGAGCUCGUUCAUCUCAAGGUCGAAAACGAGGAAUUGACUGACCUGAACGACGCGAUGAAGAUGCAGGUGACCGAACUCAAGAUCGUGGUGGAUAAGCAGCCCGCGGAGGUGGAAGAGAAACUCCAGACCGAGAUGGAUCGGAUCAUGAAGCGCAACGUGGAAGUGCAGAACGAAAACCGUUCCCUGGUGGAGCAGAUGGCCGAGAUGGAACGAGAAUUGGUGGAAGCGAAGAUGAAAUGGGCGGAGAUCCACGAGAACCAUGAGAACUUGAAACAGAAAUGGAAUGAUCUCCGCAAAGCUCUUGGCUAAACCCGGAUGGAUGAACUUUUGGUUUGUAUAUUUGUUGGCCCUCGAUAUCCGGAAACAGCCCUGCUCUCGCCGGCCCAUC